CCCCCAGCCUUCUCUCCGAAACUGGCCGCAUCCCCCAGGCAGAAGCACAAUAGAGACUCCGCCCCUCCCUCUCCGCCCAGCCUCUCCCCCCCCCCUUCCUCCCUUCCUCCCUCCCUUUCUCCCGGCCCCCUUCCCUCCUUCCCUCGUAGCCCUCCACCUCGGCAGCAGCUCAAGUCUAACCGGCUUCAGAAGCCCGCGCUGCUGCCUCAGUCGCCUUCGCUGCCCGGUCUCAGCCCCCUAGCCCAACGUCCUGAGCUGCCUAUCUCCCCAGCGGGGGUCCUCGCCCUGCCUGCUCCUAUCCACCCCGUCCUCAGCCAAGGGGCACAGCUUCCACCUGAUCCCUCCCCCAGCCCGGCUCCUGCCGCUUCCUCGGAUCCUGUGCGCUUCUCCACUCGGGACUGCUGCGGCUGCAGCUGCUGCAAUUGCCCACUGCCCUUGGAAGGCAGGAGAUGCAGAAAGGCUCUAAGGCUCACCUUCCUACUCCCCCAAACCGCACCUAAUCUGAGGAGGCGCUUGGAAUCGCUAUUCCCCGCCCCCAGCCAGCAUCCCGAUCUCUCUCCUUAACCCCUUCUUACCUUUCUCCCUCCCCUUUCCUCUCCCCACCCCUCCUCCAGUUCCCUCAGGUGAGCUGCUGCUUCCCCUCUCCCCGCCCCAUCCCUCAUGGCCAAGCAACUGAUCCUGGCCUGUUGGGUUUUGUUGGCUGUGACUUGGGGUCAGGCGUCCAGCCCUCCCCCUACAGGGUCCAGCGAGCCCCCAAAUCUGCAGACCGAAGCACCCACGGAAGAAGAGACUCUACAAAACGAAGCGGACAACCAAGAGAACAUUUUAUCUCAGUUACUAGGGGACUAUGAUAAAGUGAAAGCUGUUACAGAAGGCUCAGAUUGUCAGUGUAAGUGUGUGGUGAGACCUCUGGGCAGAGAUGCCUGCCAAAGAAUCAAUGAAGGAACUUCACGAGCUGAAGAUUUUUACACUGUGGAAACCAUCACCUCAGGCCCAGCUUGCAAGUGUGCCUGUGUGGCUCCACCAUCAGCCCUUAACCCCUGUGAAGGAGACUUCAGGCUGAAACAACUGCGAGAGGCAGACUCCCGUGAUUUCAAGCUCUCCACCAUCAUAGACAUGCUGGAAGGAGCUUUCUAUGGGCUGGAUCUUUUAAAGCUUCAUUCAGUCACCACAAAGCUGGUGGGACGAGUGGAGAAACUCGAGGAGGAAGUUUCUAAAAAUCUCACCAAGGAAAACGAACAGAUCAAAGAGGAUGUGGAAGAAAUUCGGAGUGAACUGAACAAGAGGGACAAAGAAAACUGUUCCAGUGAAAUCCCAGGAAGCCUGCCGGGACUCCGGGCAGCCUUGCAGAGGGAUGCUGCCGCAGCAUACGCUCUCCCCGAGCAGUAUGAAGAGCGGUUUCUACGGGAAGAAACAGUGUCCCAACAGAUCAACACCCUUGAUAUCCAUCCACUUCAGCAUCCAGCUCCUCCCGAGGUCCUGACGCCACGGAGGCCCCUCCAAAGGCAGAUCCACUUGAGGGGUCGGCCAGCCUCCAAACCCACCGUCAUACGGGGCAUCACCUAUUACAAAGCCAAGGUCUCUGAGGAGGAGAAUGACAUCGAGGAGCAGCAAGAUGAGUUCUUCAGUGGAGAGAAUUCAAUGGACUUGCUCAUUGAAGAUCAGCUCUUGAGGCAUGAUGACCUGUUGACCAGCACCACCAGUAGGCCAACCACAGUGGGAGGCCUGUCGACUACUGACAGUGCCACCAUGACAACAGACUAUAGCACUCGGGCUACACCUGUCAAAAUGGCAGCCACUUUACUCCCACCUAUAGCUUCUGCUGAAUCUACAGUGGGGGUCACCAGGGCCCCUUUUACCACUUCGAGCAACCAAGUCCCAGUGGUGCCCACAAGUACAGAAUCCCCAGAUGACAUCCAUGAGGCGACCAGUGAACUGACCUCCCCAGCACCCACGACCACAGUGGCACAAACUACCGUCCAGGAACCAUUAGCCACAGUGACCUUUACAACAACAGUAGCCUUGGAUGGAAUGGCAACAGGCACUCCCAUCACUCCACUUCCUCCCACCACUGAGGACUCAAUUGGGAUAGACAGGGCUUCCCUUGGAAAGAACACCACUCCCUCCAGCCCUACCCUGAGCCCGGAGGAAGAAGAUGACAUCAGGAAUGUGAUCGGAAGGUGCAAAGACACCCUCUCCACAAUUACAGGUCCCACUACUCAGAACACUUAUGGGAGGAAUGAAGGGGCAUGGAUGAAAGAUCCCUUGGCCAAGGAUGAGCGAAUUUAUGUUACCAAUUAUUACUAUGGCAAUACUCUCGUGGAGUUCCGGAACUUGGAUAACUUUAAGCAAGGUCGUUGGAGCAAUUCCUACAAACUCCCAUAUAGCUGGAUUGGCACAGGCCAUGUAGUAUACAACGGGGCCUUUUAUUAUAACCGUGCCUUUACCCGCAAUAUCAUCAAAUAUGACCUGAAGCAACGCUACGUGGCUGCUUGGGCAAUGCUCCAUGAUGUAGCCUAUGAGGAAGCCACACCGUGGAAAUGGCGGGGUCAUUCAGAUGUAGACUUUGCAGUGGAUGAGAAUGGCUUGUGGCUUAUCUACCCGGCUCUUGAUGAAGAGGGCUUUAGCCAAGAGGUCAUUGUCCUUAGCAAACUCAACUCUGUGGACUUGAGCACACAGAAGGAGACCACUUGGAGGACUGGGCUCCGGCGCAACUUCUAUGGGAACUGCUUUGUUAUCUGUGGAGUGCUCUAUGCUGUGGACAGCUUUAACCAGCGCAAUGCCAACAUCUCCUAUGCCUUUGACACCCACACCAACACCCAAAUAGUACCAAGGUUGCUCUUCGAAAACGAGUACUCUUAUACCACCCAGAUAGACUACAAUCCUAAAGAUCGCCUACUUUAUGCUUGGGACAAUGGCCACCAGGUCACCUACCAUGUGAUCUUUGCCUACUGACACCUCCUCCUGUGCAAGUUGGGGCAGUAAAGGGCCACUAGCACCUUUGUGUGUGUGUGUGUGUGUGUGUGUAUCUUUGUUGGUUUGUGUGCGUGUGUGUUUGUAUGUGCGUGUGUGCCUUAAAGAUUAUUAUUAUUUGUACAAAUUUACAAAGGGUGAAAUGACAGUUUGUGUCUUUUUCUUAACAUGGAUUGUAGAUCAAUCCUUAUAUGUGCUGGUCUCUUCUUCCAUUUUUUUAAAAGUGCAAAUGUGCAGUUCUAUUUGACUAGUAACCACUCUUCCUCUAACCCUAACCCUCCUUCUCCCAUUGCUUAUUCCCAGAUUAUAAAAACAGAUUUCUUCAUUAGAUAAUAUAAUCCAUCUGGAUCUGGCAAAAGGAGAGGAAGAGAAAGGUUCAAGUGGAGAAAAAAAAUUUAAAUAUAUAUAUAAAGAAUGCUUUUUUUUAACCAUGAAGACUUAAGAUUGUGUUUUAAAAAGUUAAAAAAAAAAUCCAACCUACAACAAAUAAUUUUUUUAAAUAAAAAUAUAUAAAAAUAAAGAAAACAAUGGACUUUUUUGCCUAAUAUGGCUGUAGCUGUCUGUGGAUAUCUAUAUUAUAAUAGUUCUCCUUGAUAAGGGAGAUAGUUAUGGUUCUGCUUGACUGCCCUUCACUGGAUAGAAUCAUGGAUGUCUUGAGCAUAUCUGGAGUCUACACCCCCUGGGAGCCAUUUGAAAUUAAAUGGCAAUCCUUCCUUCUAGUUUUUUGGUACCAUCUCCUCCAUUUACACUAUUAAUCCAAUCCCCUUGGCAUUGUCUUGAUCUCUCUCUCUCUCUCUCUCUCUCUCUCUCUCUCUCUCUCUCUCUCUCUCUCUCUCUCUCUCUCUCUCUCUCUCUCUCUCUCUCUCUCUCUCUCUCACACACACACACACACACACAUACACACACACACAGUCAUCUUCUCUCUCCCUGAGACUUUGCUUUGGUAGGCAUUUGGCUAACUAUCCCUACUUACUGCCUUCAGAGGAGAUUGCUAGUCCUGAAAGAAGAGGGCUAGGGGAAAUUUUAAAUGGCAAAGAGAUGCUUCAGCCCUACCUUCUCACGUAGUGAGAGGAGGCUCCUUAAGCAAUUUCAGGAAGAACAUCAGCCAGACAAGUUGAGAUUGAUGUGCUACAGAGGAUAGAAGGCAGAACCUACAAUGACCAGAAACUAACCUUGGGACUGCCCUACUGACCCUGCAUCCUCUUGAAGAAACAGUUUAGACAGUCUCUGUACCCUGUUCUGCCCCCCGUCACUCACCUAGAGACUUUUCCACUGAAUACAGGACAGCAUCCAUCUCAUUCCUCCACAUUCACUGGCCAGAACUCUUCCUAUCUGCUUCUUGUAUGUACAUAUCGCCAAGAAAUAAAUAGCCACCUGACUUUG